GAGGGGGAGGUGCUGGGCAAGGCUUCAUGUUUGGAUUAAAUUGGGAGGGGAGUGUGGGCAGCCCAGCGCCUGGCACGGCCUUUAGGUCGGGAGCCGCUCGGACCGCGAGGAAGCCUCGUCCCCGAUGCUCGGAAGGUGAAUUGCUAAGCAGCUCCGCGUAGCCCGCGCAGCCCCGGCUCGGCCCGGUCCGGCCCGGUCCGGCCCGGUCCGGCCACGGUCGCCGCCUCAGGAUGGACGGCUUCUACGACCAGCAAGUGCCUUACUUGGUCAGCAACAGUCAGCGUGGGAGAAGCUGUAAUGAGAAACCAGCAAAUGUCAGGAAAAGAAAAUUCAUUAACAGAGACCUGGCUCAUGACUCAGAAGAACUCUUUCAAGAUCUGAGCCAAUUACAGGAAACAUGGCUUGCAGAAGCUCAGGUACCUGACAAUGAUGAGCAGUUUGUCCCAGACUAUCAGGCUGAAAGUUUGGCUUUUCAUGGCCUCCCCUUGAAAAUCAAGAAGGAGCCCCACAGCCCAUGCUCGGAGCUGGGCUCGGCCUGCAGUCAAGAGCAGCCCUUUAAAUUCAGCUAUGGAGAAAAGUGCCUCUACAAUGUCAGUGCCUAUGAUCAGAAACCACAAGUGGGAAUGAGGCCCUCCAACCCCCCAACGCCGUCCAGCACUCCGGUGUCUCCCCUGCAUCAUGCUUCCCCGAAUGCCGCUCACACCCCAAAGCCCGACCGGGCCUUCCCUGCUCAUCUCCCGCCAUCCCAACCCAUCCCGGACAACAGCUACCCGAUGGACCACAGAUUUCGACGCCAGCUUUCUGAGCCUUGUAAUUCCUUUCCACCUUUGCCUACGAUGCCGAGGGAAGGACGUCCAAUGUAUCAACGCCAGAUGUCUGAGCCAAACAUCCCCUUCCCGCCCCAAGGUUUUAAGCAGGAGUACCACGAUCCGGUUUAUGAACACACCACCCUGGUGGGCGGUGCGGCCAACCCCAGCUUCCCCCCACCUCUGAUGAUUAAACAGGAGCCUAGAGACUUUGCCUACGACUCAGAAGUGCCUAGCUGCCACUCCAUUUACAUGCGGCAAGAGGGCUUCCUGGUGCACCCCAACAGAACAGAGGGUUGCAUGUUUGAAAAGGGCCCCAGGCAGUUUUACGAUGACACCUGUGUGGUCCCAGAGAAGUUUGAUGGAGAUAUCAAACAAGAGCCGGGGAUGUACCGAGAGGGCCCCACUUACCAACGGCGGGGUUCCUUGCAGCUGUGGCAGUUCUUGGUGGCCCUCCUUGAUGACCCCUCAAAUUCCCAUUUCAUUGCUUGGACUGGCCGUGGCAUGGAGUUUAAACUGAUCGAGCCUGAAGAGGUGGCCCGGCGCUGGGGCAUUCAGAAAAACAGACCGGCAAUGAACUACGACAAGCUGAGCCGAUCUCUCCGCUAUUACUACGAGAAGGGCAUCAUGCAGAAGGUGGCUGGAGAGAGAUACGUCUACAAAUUUGUUUGUGAUCCUGAGGCACUUUUCUCCAUGGCCUUCCCGGAUAACCAGCGCCCACUUCUGAAGACAGACAUGGAGCGUCACAUCAAUGAAGAGGAUACGGUACCUCUGUCCCACUUUGAUGAGAGUAUGGCCUACAUGCAAGAAGGCGGCUGCUGUGACCCCCACCCUUACAAUGAAGGCUAUGUAUACUAGCUACCGGGACAGCGUGGCUGGGAGAUGGGCCCCUCCCAGGCCUUUUCCUUUUUCGCCAAACAUGGAGAAGAAAAGAGGAAAACACUUCAUUUUGUUUUUUUAAAAGAGUAGUCACACACACUCACACACACACACACACACACACACACACACAGGGGUUUUUCCUGUUGCAUCAUCCUAUGGUCUGCCAUGGACAGAGCACUUUACUAGAGGGGGGGAGGGGAAGAAUCUAAACAUUGAUUUGGUGUAACAGGAAGAAAGUGGGGGUGGGGGGUGGGGAUUACUUUUUACAUAGGUGUGGGAAGGGGUCAUACAGGUUUGAAGUACAAUGAAGCUAUAUCACGUCUGUUUUGUUUCAUAUCAACAUAAGAUAAUGUACAUUUUCUCUGGGUAUCCACAGUACAGUUAAUUCUCGUUGUAUGAAUAACCACUGGGAGAAUCUUGGCAGAGGAACGAAAAUGCCUUGAGCAUUUGUCUUGUCAUGUCUAAGAAUCUGCAGGUGUCGGGGAGAAGCUCCCUGUGCACACGGCUGGGUUUGCUUAUUGGGCGUGGCUGGCUUUGCACCGACUCCUUUUCAAGAUAUAUUUAAAUACUGCCAUGAGCAUCCUCUGUCUUUUUUUGACUUUGUUUUUGCACCUGGUUCCCAGAAAAUCCAUAAAGUGGGGAAUUUUCCCUGAAGCUGAUUAUGUCCAGCACAGCCCGUUCCUGACUCUGGCUCCCCAGUGGAGCUACAGACUAAUUAAUAGCAAAAUGCAUGUAUUUGGACACAGCCUAUCGGAUCUCUUAGGUGCGGGGAAGCCCACCACAGCGAAAGAGGAUGUGGGGUUCCCUGAUGCUCAAAACGCUGUCAAGUCUGGGAUGUUGGCAGGGGUGGGGGAGAGAAGGUUUAUUUAUUGUCUUUCUCCCACAAUACAGAGAAAAGUUAUUUAGCCAAUAAGAAUUAACUGUACUCAGUCACAUAUCUACUUCCGCUGUCAUAGACGCGGUGUGCAUUCCUUGAGAAAAGACUAUCCAAUACACUGACUAGGUACUUUAGUAAUUUUUAGACACGGUACCCAUGAAUAUGCAUUUAAGCCUUUUUCUGCUGUGUUAUGUUGAUGACAUAUAUAAACACUAGGUAACGCUAAUGCUUCUGCUGCUGCCUUUUCUGUCAUGUUCUCUUUGAGGCUGAAUUGACAACGACCAUCGAUAAGCAAUGCCGUUAACUACAGGUAGCAUUUCAGGACAAAAUAGAUGACUUGAAACAUUUAUUGCUUAGAAAAUAGCUUAUGCCAUAGCUGGACUCUCGGCAGCUUUCCGUGCAUCCACAAAUGAAUCACGAGCUUCAGCUUGCUUGAGGGAUGCUCUGUGGGGACUUUGGUCACUUUCGAUGGAAUGGGGACUCAUUAACAGACUGUCCAAGAAUACAUGGAAGUCGCGGUAUGAUGUGGUGGUGCUGGCACUGAUGUUAUCCAUCACCUUGUCUUGGAUGCGCAAUGGACAUGGGUUUGGAAGAAGAUUUAAAGUUUUGGGGUGUUGGUUUUUCUUUUUCCUUUCUUUUUCCUUUUUUUCUUUUUUUUUUCCUUUUGGGAGAAUCAUGAAAGCUGGAUGUUUUAUUCCACUUGGGUUGAAAAAAAAGAAAUAUCAGAAAUGUUGCAUUUUACUAUUUAUGAUCACCUUUCUCCAAGUUCCCUUUCUCAGUUCAAAGAAAGAACAUGAGAUUUGGGGGAUUUGGGCAGACUGGAAAGCAGGGUACUUCUGAGGAAACCAGUUGGUCCUCGGUAACCAACUCUUAGAAGAAUGUUGCUGAUUGCACCACCAGAGUGACACCAAGGAGUCUCCCUGAAGAGCAGAGGGACAUGAAUUCUCUCCCACACAUCUCCACUCUGGGUGGCCAUUUAAAGCUCCAAAUAUAGCAGUGAUGGGGGACCCCAGAUACAAUAAAUGAGACCCAUACUCUGUACAAUGGACGUUCAAUCCUAUAAGUAACAUAUUAUAGGCAUGUGUUCUUAUGUGCACGUGAAUUGGAAUACUGGGCUAAUGGGGAUAUCUUGAAAAUUAGUUAUAUAUAUAUAUGUAUAUUUUUUUUGUCCCUCCUACCCUGAGCUCUUGUGGCCAUUAACUUCACUUAAAAUAAAAUAAAGAAAGAAGACUCAGCAUACAUUUUGUUGGGAUGGAAAUUUGGAUCUACAAAGGAAAUCCACUUGUAAGGGCUUCAUGGAAAGGUCUAUCCAAAUAAGUGUGCCUGGAGAAUUCUUGGCUAGUUGGGCUUCUUUAUGUCAGUGUAGAGAGCAGCUCUAAUCUGGAGCAUAAGGGGAUCAAACACAGUAUCUGCAUCCAUUAUGUAAUUAAUAUUUAAGGAUAAAAAUAUAUGUUAUGCUGUAUAAGGUAGUGACUCACUGAAUGAAACAAGAAACCAGUCCAAUGUUAAGUCAUUUCCCAGCAAAAGAAGGAAAAAAAUAUAGAGCUAUAUAUAUUAUAUUUCAUCGAACUUUCAACUCUUUUGAAAAAAAUGUACCUAAAGAUUUAUUUAAAAUUUUGUUUUUAUUCCACUUCAGUUUGGUUUUGUUUUCGGGUAGAUUAAUAAACCUGGCAGCUGAUUUCUGCAA